GCAAAAGUAGGCGAGUCUAUUUAAAGCCUGCUUUUGGCGCCGGUGGCUUUUCUUUGCCCAUCUAGACGUUUGCUUUCUUUCCCCUUCUCUUUUGCACUGCGAAAGUGUCAGCAUGUCCGACAAGCUGCCGUACAAAGUUGCUGACAUCAGCCUUGCUGAAUGGGGACGCAAGGCUCUGGACAUUGCUGAGAAUGAGAUGCCAGGGCUGAUGAAGAUGCGUGAGAUGUACUCCCCAACAAAGCCAUUGAAAGGAGCUCGGAUUGCUGGUUGCCUACACAUGACUGUGCAGACUGCAGUUCUGAUUGAAACUCUGAUAGCUCUGGGGGCAGAGGUCCAGUGGUCCAGUUGCAAUAUUUUUUCCACACAAGAUCAUGCUGCUGCAGCUAUUGCCAAAACUGGGAUUCCUGUGUAUGCCUGGAAAGGGGAAACAGAUGAAGAAUAUAUAUGGUGUAUCGAACAGACCCUUUAUUUCAAGGAUGGACAACCUCUGAACAUGAUUCUUGAUGAUGGUGGAGACCUCACCAGCUUGGUUCAUACCAAAUAUCCUCAGCUCUUGAAAGGAAUCAAAGGAAUAUCUGAGGAGACAACCACUGGUGUCCAUAAUCUCUACAAAAUGCAUGCCAAUGGAACCCUGAAGUUGCCAGCUAUUAAUGUUAAUGAUUCUGUCACCAAGAGUAAAUUUGACAACCUCUACGGCUGCCGAGAAUCCCUCAUUGAUGGAAUUAAGCGUGCCACUGAUGUCAUGAUUGCAGGAAAAGUGGCUGUUGUAGCAGGCUAUGGUGAUGUUGGCAAAGGCUGUGCUCAAGCCCUGAGAAGCUUUGGUGCCAGAGUCAUCAUCACAGAAAUUGAUCCCAUCAAUGCACUGCAAGCUGCUAUGGAAGGUUAUGAAGUUACAACAAUGGAAGAAGCCUGCAAAGAAGGCAACAUCUUUGUUACUACAACUGGAUGUUCAGAUAUUGUGCAGGGGAGGCAUUUUGAGCAAAUGAAAGAUGAUUCCAUCGUGUGCAAUAUUGGGCACUUUGAUGUGGAAAUUGACGUUAAAUGGCUGAAUCAGAAUGCUAUGGGGACUGUAAAUAUCAAACCCCAGGUAGACCGCUACACACUGAAAAAUGGACGUCAUAUUAUACUUCUGGCAGAGGGCAGGCUGGUGAAUUUGGGUUGUGCCAUGGGACAUCCUAGUUUUGUUAUGAGCAAUUCCUUUACCAACCAGGUGUUGGCACAAAUAGAGCUUUGGACAAAUCCUGGCAAAUAUACUGUAGGAGUCCAUUUUCUGCCAAAGAAGCUGGAUGAAGCGGUAGCUGCUGCUCAUUUGGAUAAACUCGGUGUGAAGCUGACCAAGCUGAGUGAUAAGCAGGCCAAGUACUUAGGAUUAUCCAAAGAUGGUCCCUUCAAACCAGAUCAUUACAGAUACUGAGCAGCUAGCAAGGCCCAACAGGCUCAAGAUUCAAGGGGAGAAACCUUCCAGAGUCCUUCGGUACUAGGAUGUGGUGAACUGCCCCACCCCCUGUCUUCUUUAUACUUUCCCAAUAUGCCUCUUGGCUUCUCCCACCUCCAGCGCAUCUGCUCUUCCAAAGGAACUUCCAAGAGUCUUUCAAGCAUGCUUCAGCUGAGGAGUGACGGUGCUGGAGAAUCAAAAUGUGCUUUGCAAAUUCACUUCUCUUCACGGCCUUAUCCUUUUGAAUUUUUGAAUACGCUGACUGCAAACAAAUUUGGGGGGGCAGUUGGUGGGGAGGAGAAGAAUAUACCUCUAAGCUGCUUACCAUCCCAUUAGGGCUUGAACUUUUGUCAGUCAGGGAUGGAAAUGAUAUGUUUUAAUUUAAUGUUUGCUUGCAUUCAUUCUCAGGCGCUGGCUUGAUCUGGCUGUCAGUGUAACGGAAUACAAUUUGCAUACAUGCAGGCCUUGGAAGUAUCUUGGAAGGAAAUGUCUGAAAGCAAUUUAUUUCCUAUGUACUAAAACUGGUUCUGAAAGCCUGACUGUGGGGAUGGGGGAGCAUUCAGUUCUCCAAAGAGGCCAGCAGGAAUUGUCUGGUCUGUCCUUCUGUCAUAAAACAAUGUUAUUAAACAACUGGAAAGUAGCCUUGUUUUCAUUUUAAUUAUGUGAGUUAGGAAGAAGAUUGCUGUUAUGGUAUUUUAUCUAAUAAUCCCUAAUGUGCAGCAAUUUAAGGGCACAUUUUGCAAAUAUUAUGACUCUGGCAAUAUUGUGGAGUCAUCCAUGAAUGUAACAGUUUAUUUCUUAAAAUAGUUACUUCAUUGCCCAGUGGCAGUGAGUUCCAAAAAUGAUAUUUUGAAUGGGAACCUAGAUAUAUUUUGGCACUGAUUUAGAGGAAGCACCAUUGUCCUAUUGUCUCUCCCUUGACUAUUCUGUAUCUGAUUAUUAUUCUUUAUAUUUGAUGAUUGGCAUCUAAAAAUAUGGAUCGAUUCUGUUAGGAUGCAGUUCUUUUGAUUUGUUUUUAAAUGCAAAAACUUAAUAUACAUUUAAGAUAACUGAAAGAAUAUGAGCCACUGAACUCACACAAUUUUCAAAAAGUAGAAUAAAAUAAGGAAACGUAUUUAAGUACUGAAGUUGGUUGAAAAGACGAGCUAAUCUAUUUGAGAUUAAAUGCAUUCAUUUCUUGCUUGGAAGAAAUGUGUAAGAAUUCUAGUCCACAGGAUAAAAUUUGUACAUAACCGUUAUAUCCCCUUAUCUUAGUUAUCUUAGUUAAUAUGCAUUCGUACUGGCUUAUAGAGCCCAUAUACAUAGGCAACACCCUAUAUCAGGGUUCUCUAAUUUGAUCAUGAACAGGCAUGGGUAAAAUGUCCUUAAAAAUGUAAAAUUUUCCAGUGUUCAUAAAAGGGUGAUCUCACUUUAUACUGUAAAGUGUUGCAUUAACUGAGUUUAGCAAGAGCUACAGCUGGUUGAAAUAUUUACCAGAGUGAUGUCGAUUUUAAUAUAAUAGAGAAAUGAAUAUUUCCCAAUUUUGCUCUAUCAGACCAGAUAAUGUCUGAGCAAUAUGCCUGCUCGUGUGAAUGUAUAAUGCAGUUUCUUCUUUUCCUGCUGCUUCCUCUUUUCGAUGUAAUAAUUAUUGUGUACCGAUAGAGGUCAUGUACAUACAAUAUCUGGUUGGAGAGGUAUGGAGGAACUUAGAGGAAAAAUAACCUGGCUUAGUAAAUGCCCGUGGAAACUAAUGAUAAUGCUGUGCAUUUAUUUCAUCAAGGUUGAUCUGACCCUAAUAAUCAAGAAAAAUGCUUUUGAAGUUUCUUUUCUGAAUACUUCAAGCCCUUCCCUCUUUUUCUUCCUCUAAUACUUUUGUGAAAUUGAUUAUAGUUUCUGUUCUUUAAAGCAUUCAUCAUGUUCCUAAACUGACCAAGCUUAAAUUCUUUGUAGGAUGCAGUCUAAAACUUAAUACCAAGUAAAAAGGAUCCAAGUCUGGGAGUGAUUUUAUAAAACUGAUUACAUUCAAUCUUAAUUUGAGGAGUUGUUGGGAAAUACCAUUUAUUUACUUGAGGUUGGUGAAAGUACUUUUCAAGUCAUCUUGAGUGCCAGUAAU